AAAUAUGUAGGCUGAUCCCCAUCCGCAGGCCACACUGUCUCCUCUUCUAUCACACACCACACACCUAAACACACACACACACAAAAACACACAUCUGAAAUCAGUAGCAGUCCUCAUCAGUCAUUCAUCAUGCACAGCAAAGAACAGAUCAGUCAUGAUGAGUACCAGAAGACAGCCGAUUGGCUGAUGUCUCACACCAAGCAUCGCCCCCUGGUGGCGAUUAUUUGCGGCUCAGGACUGGGAAUGCUUGCUGACAACCUGAAAUGUCAAGACUCCUUUGAUUACUCUAAAAUACCAGGCUUUCCUCAGAGCACAGUGCAGGGUCAUGCAGGUCGCCUGGUUUUUGGGGAGCUGAAGGGGAAAUCAUGUGUUUGCAUGCAGGGUCGCUUCCACAUGUAUGAGGGUCAUUCCCUCCUUAAGACAACCUUUCCCAUUCGGGUCUUCAAGCUGAUGGGGGUGGAGACUCUGAUAGUAACAAAUGCUGCAGGCUCAUUGGCUGAUGGCCUGCAGCCUGGUGACAUCAUGAUCAUCAAAGACCACAUCAACUUUCCUGGGCUUAUUGGUCUAAACCCACUGUGUGGGCCCAACGAUGACAAGUUUGGGCCACGUUUCCCAGCUAUGUCAGGUUGCUAUGACAAAGGGCUGCGUAGCCUUGUGAUGGAAAUCGCCAAACAGAUGGACGUUGCUGGCCUUGUGCAGGAAGGCGUGUAUGCCAUGGUUGGUGGGCCCAACUUUGAAACCAUCGCAGAGGCCAAACUGUUGCAUCGACUGGGCGUGGACGCAGUUGGGAUGAGCACAGCACCUGAGGUCGUUGUGGCAACUCACUGUGGUCUCAGAGUCUUUGGCCUCUCUCUGAUCACAAAUAAGGUGGUAAAGAGCUACGAGGACUCUGAAAGUGUAAACCAUGAGGGAGUCCUGGAAGUUGGCCGGUUGCGCUCUCAGACCGUGCUGCAGCUGGUCACUGAACUUAUCAGCAGGAUGGAGAUCAAUAACAAUGAAAACACAAAUAAUGUGUCCUGAACUAACACAGAAGAAUCUGAUUGGUGCCUUUAAUACUUUUAUAACAGGGAAUACUUUUCUUGUCACUCCUUGUUAUUACUUACCAUUAAGUCUGUUUUUAAUUUUCUAUUUUUGCUGAACUGGAAAUAUUAUUUAUAUCAUUAUGGUGUCUACCUGAUGUUUAUUAUUGUAAAAUAGAAAAUAAGUAAUCAUCUCCGAUUAUUUGAUAAAAACAACAAAACUUGUACAACAAUAACAACCUUGUUUUAUGGUGCUUUAUUGGAAAAAUGCUGUUGAAUGUAUGUAUAUUGGUCUUGAAUGAUUAAAUU